AUGGCGCCACGACAAAGCACCAAUACAGGCCCCAAUGGCGACAUUUCGACCGUAGAGAUCGUGUUCAGCUGCGGCAUCUGCCAGAAGUUGGUCAGCGACGUCUACUUCACGAAAGAGAGCAACCAUGGUUUCAAUAGCUCCGACCACGACGAGAGUGGAGUAGUCACCAAGUUCUGGAUGGCGGAUUGCUCGCACACAUUCUGUGGGACACACUUGGAGGGUGGUGGUGCGCCCUUUCAUCGCAAAGAUCAGCAGCCAUCGGCACCAUGCCCGGUAUGCGUAGUCAUCCAUCCACAACGCACGUUGCGGCGCGAACUGUUUGGCAUUCGUGGCCUGAAGCCAGGCGAGUACGCAGAGGAGAUACCAGAAAUGUACUUCAAGUGCCCACCAAUGUCAUUGGACGCUGGAAGCCCAGAGAUGACUGCCAUGAAAUUUCAAUACUCACAGAUGAGGGAGUAUUCCAAAUCUGUCGCUCUGCACUGGAGAUCCGAGCAGCGAAAGAGACGGAUACUGGAGAGCACCUUCUCGAAGGAGCGCAGAGAGUGGCACAAACAAGAGUCAGCCUUCAAGGAACGCAUCGCCGCGAUGGAAAAGGCCGAGGCUAAGCUGAGGAAGUGGGAACAGCGACGAGAUAUGAUCAAUCACUAUCUUGGUCUGGUCGGCAAGAUGGGAGGGGACAUCAACCGCAUGCGCUCACAACUUGCUCAGGUAGGCUUGCAUGUACCUGAAGGACAUUACGCUUUCAAUCCGAGCAAAAACAAUGUUCCGAAUACACAGCAGCAGCAGGUUCAAACACAUGGCAAAAGCCGAGGAGACAGCGCUGCUACUCUCGUGGGUGAACAGCACCACCGAUCGUCUUCAUCACGCAAGCGCAGGCAUUCGAUCCACGACCAGUAUGCCGAUGAUAAAGAGAAUCAAGACCAGCUCGCACCGCAAGUACACCGACGGAACAGCCGCGAACUCAUGCCACCACCUCUGCCUCGACCAAGACAACCUUUGCAGCAGCCUCCACCGAACAUGUGUUCCUCGGAUCGGCCAUCAGGACGGCCAUUUGACGCCUUCUCUCGUAAUCCAGCUACAACUCCAAGGGAGGUUAUUCAGAUCUACGACAAUGGCGGCUGGAACGACAGCCAGUCGACUUUGCCUGUCAGCGAACAUGAUUACGCCCCAUCGGGGGAAAUGCCUGCGCAAGCGCGUAUACCACAUGCUUUGGUUGCACUGCCUUUUCGACCUUCGCAAAUGCAGAAGCCAGAUUCCCGUCCAGUUGCUCAUGAAGAGCGAGUCGAGCCAUACUAUGUGGAUGAUGUGGAUGCCAGGUACCAGAUACCCGCGAGCUCUGCCGCUGCACCAGACCAUGGUACGAUUCCCCAUCCGGCACGCCGAACAGACCAUCGACGGCCGUAUUCACGUAUCGAGAAACUUCAUGACCACGCACGCCUGCCAGUCAGUCAGGAAGCCGCAGACCCUCGCAUCUCCUACUUCAACGCCGACUACGUCACCAUGGCUCAGCAGUCUGGUGAGCAUGCUCCCAGAGAAAUGAAAGGCUUUCGACGUGCCGCGGCAAGACCAGACACUAUGCAGCGGCCACCUGCUCGUGGAAUCUUGGCACCUCCUCCACUGCCUCGUCGAACAGAUGUGCCGAGAAGCUCGAUCGGCGAGUACAGUAUGCCACCGUCUGCACCAGGCUCCUGCGCCCCAAGCAGAUCUGGCUCAUCCGCUCAACGAAACCGAAUACUUCUAGGCGGCUCCUUCGACCCUCAGCUAUCUCACAUUCGUGGAGUUCGUAGGGCCAAUGCAUCACAGCCUGCGUACCAACGUCCAGGGGUACCUCCAUCAGAAGCAGGCUCCUACGUCCCAAGCAGAUCUGGCUCCCGCGCUCAACGAGUACCUCCAGGCAGCUCUUUCGACCCUCAGCUGUCUCAGAUUCGUGGCGUUCGCGGAGCCAGUGCCUCGCAGACAUACACUCGCCAAGAAUACACCCGCGUCUCAUCAUCCACCAACACCGCCCGUAUGGGUGGCCAACGCGUCCUGGAAGGCAAAAUCGCCAUCGUUACUGGAGCCUCCAGAGGCAUUGGUGCAGCGAUAUGCGAGAACUUAGCUAGCAAAGGUUGCAAUCUAAUCAUGAACUACACCUCCGACAACUCCAGGGACAAGACUGAACAGCUCGGCCAAGAACUCCAGCAGACCCACGGCAUUCAGACUCUACCUGUCCAAGCAGAUCUCGGCGCCGAAAACGGUCCGGCACAUAUCGUCAACAUUGCUGUCAACCAUUUUGCACAUCCUAAGACGAGGAAGUUGCAGAUUGAUAUCAUCGUCAACAAUGCCGGCGUAGCCAACAAGAAAACAAUAGAAGAAUGCACCUCCGAAGACUUUACCUGGCUCUACAACAUCAACGUCCGUGGUCCCCUUCUCCUCAUCAAAGCAGCGCAACCAUACCUGUCUCACGAUCGCAGUGGCCGCAUCGUCAAUCUCUCCAGCGUCUCGAGCAGUCUCGGCUUCGAAGGCGAUGCAAUGUACGGCGGGACCAAAGCUGCAUUGGAAGCCAUGACGAGAUCUUGGGCGAGAGAGUUGAGCGAGAGGUGUACCGUGAAUGCUGUCAACCCUGGGCCUGUCGCGACGGAUAUGUAUGCGGGUACUACGGAUGAAUUUCAGGCGAAGAUGGCGGGCUGGACGAGGAAUGCGCCGCUGGCGAAGAUCAGGCCGGAGGUUGAUAGGGAGGACUUGGUGGAGAAGGCGGAGAUUGCUGGUGGACGGCCGGGCUAUGACCACGAAGUGGCCGGCGUCGUCGCUAUGCUUUGCACGCCUGACAGUGCAUGGUGCACUGGCUCGGUUAUCUGUGCAAACGGCGGCUUCAAGUUCAGCUACUAG